GAUCGUUUCAAGCAUAAUAAAAUCACAUGAAUAGGCUCCUUAUUUCAGUAAUCCUGUCCUUCUCUUUCCUUUACGAAUCUCAGUUUCAGAGCUCAAAACAAAGCUCACCUAUCGACUCGGCUUUCUCCACCACCAAAACAAAUCUGUUGAUUCGAUUUUUUGUCGAUGGAGAAAGGUGAAUAGUUGAAUGGCUAUUUAUAUUUUUGGGGAAUUUUGGCUGUGAUCGAGAUCGGAGAAGAAAAUGAGGGUGAAGGAAAUGCAUCCACUAUGUUGUAUAUCGUUGGAGAGUCCCGGCGUCGGCGACCAGUCACCGGAGAUUUCGUUGACUCUAGCUAGGAGCAUGCCCGCGGGGGCUUUAUCCGGAUCUGAAACAGGCAAUGCGACGGCGAGGUUGACUACGGGAGGAUCCAGAGGCAUCGUCGCCGGAAUUCUCUACAAGUGGACAAAUUACGGGAAAGGAUGGAGAUCCAGGUGGUUUUUGCUUCGAAAUGGAGUGUUAUCUUACUCGAAGAUUCGCCGGGCCGAGACUCUAAACCUCCUCUCUCCGACAGAUGACGUCAGAUUGAUCGGUGAUAUCUCAACCAAUCGGCUUUCGAGGAUGGACAGUUGUAGCGGUAGACGGAAACACCAGAAAACCGUUGGCAUUAUUCAUUUAAAGCAGAUCUCAUCAUUCCGGGAGAGCAAAUCUGAUGACAGGCGGUUUUACAUUUUCACUGCUACAAAGACCCUUCAUUUGAGAACUGAUUCUAAGAGAGAUCGGGUUGCUUGGAUACAAGCAUUGGUAUCAACCAGGAGCCUCUUUCCGCUGAGACCGCUAAAUGAUAACUACUCCCUUGUACCCCAUGAUUUGUCUAUAUCAACUGAUAGGCUCAAGAAACGGUUGCUUGAGGAGGGAAUCAGUGAUAACCUUGUGAAGGAUUGCGAGCAGAUUAUGCUUUCAGAGUUCUUGGAGAUACAAGGACAGCUUAAAGUUCUUUGUGAAGAAAGAUCUAAUUUGCUCGACACAUUAAGGCAGUUUGAGCCAGCUAAUAUUGAAGCUGAAACUUCUGGAAUUCAUGAUGGAGACUACCAGUUGACGAAGCAUGAAUAUUCCAGUAUAGGGCGUGGAAAAUAUAGUGAGUGCAGCACAACUGAAUCAUCUGAUGAUAUUGAGAAACAAGAGCUUGAGGAAGUGUCUGAUGAAGAUGAAACUUCCUUCUAUGACACAAAAGAGGAUUUUACUGAACCCACUGUUCGUUGUGGAUCUGUAAGAGGGGCAGCUGAUCAUGCAGAUAAUCAGAAAGAAACUGAAAAUCAAUUUGAUAAUUUGGAAAAGAUGCAUGCUCAUAACGGAGAAUGUGAUUCCAGAUAUCCUCAAAUUGAAAGGCGAAAAAAGCUUCCUGAUCCAGUUGAAAAAGAGAAAGCGGUUAGCCUUUGGUCUAUGAUCAAAGACAAUGUGGGAAAGGAUCUCACACGAGUUUGUCUCCCUGUAUACUUUAAUGAACCAAUAUCAUCCCUUCAGAAAUGUUUUGAGGACCUAGAAUAUUCUUUUCUUUUAGACCGAGCAUACAAGCAUGGAAAAGAAGGGAACAGUCUCCAGCGUAUUCUUAAUGUUGCUGCAUUUGCUGUUUCUGGGUAUGCUUCUUCUGAAGGCCGACACUGUAAGCCCUUCAAUCCUUUACUAGGAGAAACUUAUGAAGCGGACUAUCCUGAGAAAGGAGUUCGGUUCUUCUCUGAGAAGGUUAGUCACCACCCAACCCUUAUUGCCUGUCAUUGUGAAGGUAAAGGGUGGAAAUUCUGGGGUGACAGUAACCUCCGAACAAAGUUUUGGGGGCGGUCAAUUCAGCUUGAUCCUGUUGGAGUUCUGACGCUAGAGUUUGAUGAUGGUGAAAUAUUUCAGUGGAGCAAGGUAACAACUACCGUUUACAAUCUUAUCCUUGGUAAAGUAUAUUGUGAUCACCAUGGAUUGAUGCACAUUCAUGGGAAUCGCCAAUAUUCAUGCAAACUCAAAUUCAAAGAGCAGUCAAUUCUUGACCGGAAUCCUCACCAAGUUCAUGGGUUUGUUGAAGACCUUUCGGGUAAAAAGGUUUCAACAUUAGUUGGCAAGUGGGAUGACAGCAUGUAUUAUAUCAGUGGUGAUGGAAGUGGCAAGCCAAAGGACUGCAAUCCUUCAUCAAAUGCCUCCUUGCUAUGGAAGAGGAACAAGCCACCUCCUAAUCUGACUCGCUACAACUUAACAUCAUUUGCAAUCACACUAAAUGAGCUAACGCCAGGACUGCAGGAGAAGCUCCCACCCACGGAUUCGAGGCUUAGACCAGACCAACGUCAUUUGGAGAAUGGGGAAUAUGAUAGAGCAAAUGCAGAGAAACAACGUUUGGAAAGGAGGCAGAGAAUGUCGAGAAAACUACAAGAAAAUGGGUGGAAGCCUAGAUGGUUCGAGAGAGAUGGUGAAAAUGGAUCUUUCCACUAUGUGGGCGGUUAUUGGGAGGCAAGGGAUCAGGGGAAAUGGGAUGGAUGUCCAAAUAUAUUUGGCGAAUUCAAUGAAGAACUUGUUGAUUCCUCUGAGCGAUCCUGACUUCAAUUUUAGAAUGGACAAACAAACAUUCGGGUUAGCUUUGAUUCCUGGUUACCAUUCUAGCUGUCUGGGAAAGAUCGCAGACCAAUAUUCACAUGGUCGCGCAAAGAGACAUUCAAGCUUAGAGUAUGAUCUUUUUGUCAGUAGAUAAUGGAUAGGUGAGUGCCUAAAUUUUUCUGUAACAUUCUCUAGUGUGGGACCUGUUUGUGUAAAUGUAAUCUCUCCAUAGUUCAUUUAUUCUAGCUCCUUAAACUGAAUGAGCCGAUCGGCUGAAAAUUUCAUUUCAUAUUUAUUUGUAUCUUCAUCUUAGGAAUUAAUAAAUGAAAACGAAAGGAAAAGAAGGGAAAAAGGCACAUUCUUGCCAUCACUCAAACAUCGGAUCGUGUUUGCUGGUGUAGACCGAAACAUUGUAUUAUAGUUCUCCUUGUUCGAAUAAUCAAAUGGAAAUGAUCAAGGGCAAAAAACAUGAUAUGAGUUUUAAUCCUAUAUUCGGGGUUACGGUAUUAAGUUAUGCAGCUCUGAUUGUUAUCCACAGACGAUCUUGUCGAAGAUCCUUUAGCCUUCCCGUACAAGUGGUACAUCCCUGUCUGGCUUUACCUGCGUCUUCAGCUUUUAUGGAUGUCCCUACGGAUUUGAUGAUUAAAGGGAAAAGAGACAGGAACAAGGAGUACGCGUACCGAUGAAUGAGGACAAUCCUCGGAAUUGCACGUGAUUCCCUCUGGCUGUAUUGACUCGAUUAAGGACAAAUCUUUGCUCCACCGACUUGCACACUUGCUCCUCUUUAUUGAUAUAUAAACCAUUGACAGCUAUUUCUAAAAGCACCCUGAUUCUUGGAUUGGACUUUUGGAUACAGCUUUAAUCCAAAGCAACAUGUAUCAUUUAUAUUCAAAUAUA